AUGAAGUUCACCCAGAUCCUUCUCAGCGCCGCCAGUGUCAUUAGCGCCGCCAACGCCGCCUCCUCCCCGGUCAACUCGUACAUGGACCUUUCCAACGGAAUGUACACCAUCCCCAUGGUCGAAGGUAGCCUCGACUUCGGCAACGCCGUGCGCGACUGGGACGGCGUCGCCGCUCUCAACAGCACCAGCAACAACACCGAGAUAGUCGCCCGCGCUCUCGCCGAGCGCCGCCCUCCCGGACAAUGCGUGCCCCAGUUCCCCACGCGCAAGACCCUCUGCCGCUCUCGCGUGAUCCGGCGCUCCGAGUACCUCCGCGCGUACGCCAAGUUCCUCGACUGGAUCGAAUCGGGGCCCGACGAGGGCUGGAUUCCCAAGGAGAGCUGCAAGUCUCUGCUCUGGGGCAACGUCGUCGUCAGCGCCUGCUCGUCCGGCGGCAUCAACCCUACCUGCCGCGAGGAGCUGAUCGAGGCCAUGCGCGAGCUCGACGCCUUCUGCGCCGAGAACCAGGGCGGCGACAUCGCCAUCCACCACUGGGCCAAGAGCUACGGCCGCCACAACAUCCGCGACGGCGACGACCUCGACGGAGGCAAGUACAAGCUUCCUACCGGCAAGCCGCCCAAGGAUGACAGCGACUACUAA